AUGGCCGACCUCACCCCGCUCUUCUCGCAAUGCGUGCGGAUCGUGGCCCAGGAACUCCAGGCGGAAGCCAGCCCGCCCCCGCGCCGCGCCGCGCCGCCGUUCCUAGUGCUGGACCUGUUUGCCUCGGAGUGCGCCGGGCUCUACGGCAACGUGACGCAAAUGACGGCCUUUGUGGCCGGCGUGCGCCCCCUAUACCUCCAGGUGGCCGACGGCUUUGCCGCGCUCGACAACGGGCAGCGGCGCGGGCUCAGCGACGCCGAAAAACAGGCGCUCGACGGGGACUUCCAGCUCCAGGCCCAGCGCGUCUACGGGAGGCUCAAACACCUCCAGGAGUACGAGCGCAGGCGCGUGCAGGUGUGCGAGCACAGCCGCCGGCGGCGCGGGUUGGUGCUGGCGGUGUUUGCCGCGGACGCCGGCGGCCCGGCGGACGUGUAUCUCCACACGUUGGCGGCCCACCGCAUGCACAUGUUGCGGUUCCUUGGCGACGCGGUGGCGGCCGCCACCGGCGCGUUCGAGCGCAUGCGGCGGCUGCGGCGCGAGCGCGAGCGGCUGCUCAAUCUCUUGCACAUCCAGAACUUGGACGCCGGCGACGACACGGCCGCGUUCAUGGACGAAACACGCGGCUCUGCGCAGGACCCUGCUGCCCCGGGCGGCGCCGCGGCGGGCGUGCCGCCGGAGCAGCUCCAGGAGCUCGUGCAGGAAAACCGCCGCUUGCUCUCGGCGAAGGCCAGCCAGUUCCAGCAGGUCGAGAGGUUGCAGCAUCUGAUGGUGGACAUCGUCAAGUUGCAGGCGGAGUUGAGCUCGCACCUCGAGACGCAGGCGGCGCAGAUCGGCUCGCUCCUCGACAACCAGGCGCAGAUCGGCCUGGACUUGCGCUCGGGCAACCGCUCCUUGGGGCGCGCCUCGGGGCGCAACAAGCGCGGCUCGGAUGUGAUCGUGGCCACGUGCCUUGUGCUCGGCUCGCUUCUUUUGUUUGUGGACUACGUGUCUUAG